GUUCGCACAGUCCAACGUCUUCGAAAUGGAGGAUUGAUAAUAGAAGUAGACAAUGAGCAAUUGGCGGGAUGGCUUAAAGGCCCCACAGGCAGGGUGCUACUGGAAUCCCACCUGGACUCAACAGCGAGCAUCCGUGACAGGACCUACCCCAUCGUAGUUCAAUUCCUGCCCAUCUCCUACGAGAUAGAGUGUGACAACUUCCCACGUCACAUUGAGGCCGAAAACCAUCUCCCCCCCAAUUCCAUCGCCUCCAUCCAUUGGAUCAAACCUCCUCAACGUCGU